AUGGCGUCAGAAUCGACAUUGGUAGAUUGGACCUUAUUUACGGAUGGGGCUUCAAACGUAAAAGGGUCCGUGCUUGGAAUAGUCUUGAUCACGCCUUUAGGGGAAACCUUGAGGCAAGCCAUCAGAACAAUUCCUUUAACUAACAAUGAAGCAGAGUACAAAGCUUUGAUUGUAGGGAUCGAAUUGGCCCGGGGGCUUGUCUCCGAAAUCAUCAAAAUCAAAUGUGAUUCGCAGUUGGUGGUGACUCAGGUCUACAUAAUUUUUGACACCAAAGAAGAACGUAUGCAAAAAUAUGUGAUAAAAGUUCAGGAUUUAUUGGCACGAUUCCGAGAGUGGUCAAUUACUCAUAUCCUGAGGGAAGAUAACGCGGAAGCAGAUGCAUUGGAAAAUUUGGGCUCAUCGACAGAAGUCCAGGGAUCGGGAUCAGGAACGGUUGGAAGCAGCAAAAGGAAACUGGCCCGAAGAAUUACCUGGGGUUCGAUGGGCCUACCGAACAAUGACCAAGUCAAGCACGGGAGAAACCCCUUUUCCCCUUGUGUACGACGCAAAAGCUUUGAUACUGGUGGAAGUAUGGGAACCAACCAUACGGUAUUUCCAGGUGAACAAAGAAUCGAACAACAAAGCAAUGCUAAUCAACUUGGAGCUGCUCGAGGAAGACAGGGACUUGGUGCAUGUCAGAGUAGCGGCUAA